AUGGAAGAAGUUGACUUUGCUGGUAAGGAAAAGAAGAGAAAGAAACUCUUUGAGGAUGACAAAAUGGAUGAGUCAGCUAAGAGGUUUAACUGCUCUAAAGACAGAGACGUUGCCGAAUUGAACAAAGUAGAAGUGGAUAAAAAGAAAAGAAAGAAGAAAGAGAGGAGAGAAAAGGUGGGUGGUCAAUUGGUACAGAAUAUCACAACUGAUGGAAAGGAGACUGAAGUAGAAAGUGAGCAUUCAGAUGGGAAAAUCAUGGAGAAUGGUGGAAUCAUGAAGAAACAGAAAAGAAAGCAUACAAAGAAUUCAAGAAGUGAAAUGCAGGAAACUGUGGUUGAGAAACUGGGCACAGAAAGCAGUAGAAUUCAAGAAAAUAGUUUCUUAGAGAAUGACGGUAAUGUGCAUGCAACUGGAGAUGAGACAAGCAACAGAAACAUAGAUGAUGUGAAUGUAGAAGAUGGUAAUAAAGGGAAGAAGAGGGCCAAGUCAGAGAAACAUAUGAAAAAAGCUAAGUCAGAUAAAGGAAGCCUAAGAACCCAAAAAAGUAGUAGGGGUCCUGAUCUUUCUGAAAAUUCUACACCUAAGAAAGCCACAAAAAGAGUAAGUUUUGCUGAUGAUGUGGAGGUCUUUUCACCAUCUGAUGGCCCAAAAGAUGAGGAAAAGGGCUUAGUACGAGGUAAGCGGUUUUCAAAAGAAGAAGACAAGCUUGUAAAAGAGGCUGUUUUAACAUACAUAGAGGAACAUGGCUUAGGUGAGGAAGGCAUCGACAAGAUACUCAAUUGUGGAUCCAACCCUGAAAUAAGAAAUUGUUGGAAGGAUAUUGGGGGAUUCUUACCCUGGAGGCCUUAUAAGAGCAUAUAUUAUCGAGCCCAUAUUUUAUUUGAACGAGCUGAGGAACGCAAUUGGACCACUGAAGAGUAUGAAAUAGUAAGACGUGCCGCUAUGGAAGCUAAGGCUAAAGGUGAACCCAAACCCAAUUGGAGAAAGGUGGGUAAUGAACUUGGCAAACACAGAAUUCAUGUCAAGGAUGCAUGGCGUAGAAUAAAACUGCCAAACAUGAAGAAAGGACAGUGGUCGCAAGAGGAGUACCAGACUUUAUUUGAUUUAGUGAACAAGGAUCUGCAGAUGAGGGUGUUGGAAGAAAAAAAAUCCAAGCAUGGCAUGCUGCGAGAUAAUAUUAAGUGGGAGUCAAUUAGUGAGACUUUGGGCAGCAGAACCAAUCCCGUUUGCUGCCAGAAGUGGUAUUACCAAUUAACAUCGCCUUUAGUAACUGAAGGUCUGUGGUCUGAUACUGAUGAUUAUCGCCUACUUUAUGCUCUCGAUAGCUUGGAUGCUUGUUGCAUGGAAGACGUUAAUUGGGAUGAUUUGCUUGAGCAUAGGUCUGGAGAUGUAUGUCGAAAGCGAUGGAAUCAAAUGGUCAAGCACAUUGGUCGGCAUGGAACUAAGUCCUUUGCUGAACAAGUUGAAAUUUUGUCGAAGCGUUAUUGUGCCGAUGCACUUGAAGCAAGAGAAGUCUUUGAUAGUAAGCCUGAAGUUGACUGA